GACGAGCCGCCCAUUGAUAUGAUUAAAGUAUCUCAUCUCAAACAGUACCUGGUGGUGGUGUUCAGAGACAAACCCUUGGAGCUGUGGGACAUCCGGACGGGGACACUUCUCCGAGAGAUGGCCAAAAGCUUUCCUACUGUUACCGCACUGGAAUGGUCUCCAUCCCAUAAUCUGAAGAGUUUAAAGAAGAAGCAGAUGGCAGCCAGGGAGGCCAUGGCUCGGCAGACGGUGUCGGACGCUGAGCAGAGUAACAUUGAAUCCUCGGUCAUCAGUCUUCUUCAAGAUGCUGAGAGCAAAUCCGAGACCAGCCAGGCGAUCUCAGCCAGGGAGCACUUCAUAUUCACCGACACAGACGGGCAGGUCUAUCACAUCACCGUAGAGGGCAACACCGUGAAAGACGGAGCACGAAUCCCACCUGAU